AAAAUGGAACCCACCAGCAGUGUGAGGAGACCUGAAAGUGGCACAUGGCAGAGUGUGGCGAUGGAGACAGCAGCAAUGGGAGGCCGUACAGGGACCCAUGACACACUCGGGACCUGGCAGCAGCAUGAGGAGGCGGUACAGGGGCCCAUGACAGAUUACGGGCCUGGCAGCAGCAUGAGGAGUCGAGUGUGGCGAUGGAGACAGCAGCAAUGGGAGGCCGUACAGGGACCCAUGACACACUCUGGACCUGGCAGCAGCAAGAGGAGGCGGUACAGGGGCCCAUGGCAGAGUGGCGAAGCGUAAGCAGCUUAAAUUGAAGGCCAUACAGAGGCCUAUGUUAAAAAUAAUAACAUGUUUGGGGCAUGA